CCAGACUAAGGUGGUCGGCAGAAUGCUGGAUCUUCCUAAUAAUUGGUGCUAAUGGCGUGUUGUAUAGUCUUAACUUGACACAUAUGGUUUCAUAACACAGUGGCUUAAUUUCUUCCAAAUGUACGUGGCCCUGACUGUGUUGCAGUUUUGAUAUAUGACCCCGCCCUGCUCUCAGGCCUGGGUCCCAGGCGACCCCGUAAAGUCUGAGAUUGUGUUUAUAAAGAGCGGCGUGCACACAAAAUGCUUACACACUCAGACACACCUUAGAGAUGGGAAGGCGGCAUUUUCCUGGCGAAGGCCCAGACACUGGGAGCCAGACUCACCUUCAGUCUGCGUCAGUUCCCCCUCAUCUUCUCCCAGAAGCUGAGUCUGAGCCUAGCAGUGUGGGGGAGGGGAUAGCUCGAUUUCCUGUUUAAACCCAGACCCAUCGCCUGCGCGCGGGGGUGGGGUGGGGGACAGUGGGUAGAGAACCCGUUUUUAUCAAAUUGUUAAAAAUACAGUUCGACUUCAUUCAAAUCAAACCCCCUGAUUUGAACCGAUGGUGAAUCCUGUCUCCCUUCCCCCCACAACCACCUUCCCUUCCCCAGCCCCCCCAAAAUUCCCCUUCUGCAGUCGACAUAAAGGCCUCUGAGGUAUUCUCCCGGGGGAAGAAAUGGCAUUUUCUCUCCCCUUUCCCACCCCACCCCCCAAUAGGACUGGUGUGUCGGCAGAGGCGUCUGCCGAGGGGCUAAUUUCGCGUUCCUUGUUUACGACCAAGAAAAGCGCUUGGCUCUCUCCAAACGGGCCCAGCCUGCUGCUUGCUCCGGCUGCCGCGCACUCUCCCUCCGCCCGAGCCUGGCCCGGAGGCGGAUGGCCGGGGGAACUAGGCUAGGGCAGACCAGGACCGGAGUCUGUGGGACCUGAAAAUGGCCAGGGGAGUGCGUUGAGACAGUGGAGGGGCCCUGGAGGCCCGAAUGUGAGCCUUUCUACAGUGGGAGCCGUCGAUCGGUGAGGCCGCUAUUUCUCUCUUCCGCCUGUAUUUUUGUCGGACCCUGUCCCUGCGAAUGGCCGCAAUUACGUGGGAGGGGAUGUUCAGGGGGCACAAAUCUCCUUUGUUCCACCCCAAAAGAAAACCGUUUUGGGAGAAGGCUAUUCAGGCCAAUGUGGAUUCAUUCACCUGGGAUGUUAGAGGCCCCCUCCCAUCCAAGGGGCGGGCCUGGGCUAGGCUGGGAUAUUUCUCUAGGCCUACAGGGGAUCUAGCUGGAUGUGCCAAUAGCCAUAUCGAGGUGCUAGGGUGCGAGAGUUCCCGUCAAAAACACCAGCUUGAGGUGUCUUUAUAUUUUUAUUGAUUUCCUGUUCCUUCUUGGCUACAACCCUGCAGCUCCCCCCCCCACCCUUUAUCUUAUACCCUUCACCCCUAGACCCCUCCUUGGCAGGCCAAGAAGCAGGCCGCCCGCCAGGGACUGGCCCUGGUUUUCCAGUUUUCCGAUCUGACCAGGGGAUAAAUCAGACCUCAACACAGCACUCUGCCAGUUACUUUCGCUUUUCUGCUUCUUGGUUCUUUCUCGUUCUGGCUCCAACGAAAGCACAAGAGGGGCCACCAGUGGCAAUCCUUAACCUCCUUGCAGGUCAAAUUCUGUGUGGAUAUGGUUCCUCACUGAAGGAGAGCUCUUUUGAUUGUCUAAUAAUAGCCAGGGGGCCAAGAAUAGAAUUUUGCUCAAGGACUGCUCACUCAACGCUGAGGCUAGGGAGUCACUGGAUUUUGUGGAUCAAAGCUUGGCAACCUCCCCGGAGCCUGUGACCUAGUAGCAUUCCUUCUGAGCUCACUUUUUGGGCACCCUCAGGUCUGCCCCUUAAGAGGUGUUGUACGUCCUGCUGCCUGUUGUAUUUCAUGCCAAGUUCCUAGCAGAAUUGGGCAGAACAAACCCUUUCUCAUCUCUGACAGUUGUGAUCUCUACAGAAUUCGACCUUGGUUGGAGUAGGCAAUGUUAAGCUGGCUGCUGUGUUCUGAAACCAGGCUUGGUGGAAUUAUAUAUUUAUUAAAUAGUUUCAAAUAUACAGAUUCAUACUCAGAGAGGAAUAUAUAGAGACUCGUAUUUUCUCAUGGUUAAUUGUAUAUUGCCAUGGCUAUAUUUGAUCAACACUGUUUUAUGUGCAUGUGAAAUUUUGUUAGCCUUCGCUGGCUGAGAGUGGGGUCAGAGAGAGAUGGGCCCCAGGAGGAGGCCCUCUGUGCAUCUCUGCUGAAAAUAUGUGUUCUGGAAUCGGAGUAUGUGGCUUCCAAAAAUCCAAAGAAGCCACAAGGGCUUUGUCCUGUUGCUUUUGCUAUCCAAGCCUCUGGCCUGAGAAAUACUACACCCUUCUGCUGCCUUUCUUCAUCUCCCUAAGAAGUCUGCCAACUCACAGGCUGUCUUCCAAGGAGAACCCAGUCAUCUUGAAAGUGAAGUCUUUGGGCUCUUUCAUAGUUGUUGUGAGCCUGUGAGCAAUUCUGAGCCACCAGGACUGGGCCCUGGAGACUAGAAGCCUCCAUGGGAGGAUGGCAAAGGGAUUGUAGUAGCAAUGAUUUCUGGGCAGGGGUCUGGGUGGCUGCAGUCCAAGGCACUUGAAGGGGCUUGUGAAGAAGUCAAACCUGGAGGGACAAGGAUACUUGUGACUAGCUCUCCUUCCCUUUGCCUCCCUGGCUCAUUACCUCACCCUGGAUUUGACUGUCUGAAGGGCUUAUUAGUUCUGGAAGGCCCUAGAUCUGGAGGCUGAUGGGGGUACAUUUUAAUCUUGUCAGUGACCUGAACCAGAGUGAGACUCACCAGUAGAGAAGGCUGGAGGAGGCCCCUCUAGAAUACAAGCCAGGCCCUUUGGCCUGUGGGCCUGGAGCCCUGAGUAUGGGCCACUGUUGGGGAUUAAUUGGCUUCCUUUUGCAACUUUUCCAGGGCCAUGAAAAGACAGAGCUGAGAGGAAAUAUAAAUGUCAGUGGACGGCCCUGUAACUUGAGGACAGAAGUGGGCUGGAUGGGGUUUUUGUGGCACUCCCAAGGCACUCAGGUUCCUCUCAAGAAUCUCGUGCCCAGACUUGUGGCACCAGGAGGUUCCCAGCCUUUCUUCCUUGUUUCUUCCUCAGUAACAGAGGGUGACCUCAGGCCUUGCUGCCCUGACUACACUGACUUUGGGGUGACAAGACCCCAGGAUCAUGCCCCUUAAGUAGCCCACCGGCCUCGUCUGCGCUGCCAGACGUCCGUUUAUUGUGUCUGUGCCUUGUUUACUUGUUUUGUCUGCUGCCACCCUGCGUCAGAAACCCGCCAAACCGGCAAAUUCGCCCUGAGAACAAAGUGCAGGGCUCUUUCUAACUCCCUCCCCCUUUCACACCCCUUCCUCCAGCCCUGUACGUUCCCUCAUUUUCCCUUUCCAAAGGGAGGAAGCAGGGAUUGUCCUAAAAUAGGGCUGAUGUUUAUGGGACAGGGGAAUUAUGGAGACACCAUAAACCUCCGGGUGUCCUGGUGUUGGAUAGAUUUCCAAACCUCCCUUCUCUUUCCUACAGCGUUUCUUCCUUCACCUUGGUAACUGGUUGGGUAAGGGGGCCACAGACUCUGAGACUAUUUCGGGCCCCUGUCCUCCUCUUCCAUUGCUUUCUUCUGUAGCUUCUCUCAGACAUAGAUGGCUGGGUUUCCGGUCAGGGUAAUGUUGGUAGAUUCAUAAAACUAGAUAAAGCAUGUCGCCUCUCCCCCUUUCCCCAGCCCCCCAAAAUAUUAGUGAACUUAGGCAAAUCCUACAAAAUUAAAUUGUCCCUUCUGUGAGGGUCCUAUAAAUCCCCAAUCCUGCCAGGUGUAGAGUCAAAGAGGUCGAUGUUUGCCUUUAAUUUUGCUCCUGGCUAUCAAAUCUGAAAGAGUAUCAUUACAGUAAGUAAUAUUUCUGAAAUUAAUUCCCCUCUCCCCAUCCCUCUCCCUCUUUUACCAGUGUGAAUUAAAUGGCUCUUUCAGAUCUGCUGACAAUAAAGGAUAAACUUGUUUGUGGAGAAAUGACAUGAUGUUUCAUUGUUGCUUAUUGUUCUAGAACAUAGUAACAUUUUAUUUCCAAGCGGGAGAAGUUAGGCGGGGUGAGAGGAGGCUUGGUAUUCAUAUAUACAACUCUUGCCAUAGUUUUAUGACUUCCACAAUUUCCAUAUGACAACUCACUAUGAUAUCAUAAAUGCCAAGUUCUCCAAUUUUAAAUUCUCAUUAUCCUCCAAAAUGUUCCCAAGUAAUGGUCUACGUUCAGAAGCUGAGGAGAAGCCAGAGAGCUGGGGGCUCCUUUGGACUAGCACAGAACAGCACAUUCCUUCUUGUUCUCCUUCCUUACCUGGCAGUCUCUGGAGGCUCUAUUUGGGCAAUGCAAAGUACUCUAAAUAUUCUGGGUCUUGAUUUUUAUUUCCAGGCCAAAUAGGGCUACCUGCUUUGUCCUCCUGAAGUAUCCCAAGUCAAUUGAACUCUCCAUUCUCAGUAGGGAUGAGAUGCUCUCCACAAGCCCCCUCCUCAGCUGACAUUUCUGCUACUUUGGUAUCAAGGUGGAAGGCUUGAGGGCCUGGCCUCCAAAAGCCAGAAAUUAUUUUUUCCAGAUGAAGCCUGAAGAGGGUCUCAGGGCAAAGUGUGAUGGGAUCUAUUUUACUUUUGAACUUAAGUCCAAGUUGGAGAAGCCAGACAUGCAAAAGUGGGGGUUUGUGUCUGCUGAUGGUAGUAGCAGUAACUGAAGUGUAAGUUAGGAGAGGUCAGGCAGAGAUUCACAAAAGCAUAGGAAGGAGAGAAAACAUGCCAUCAAUUAGCAGAGUCGCUCUGUAGACCUUUUUCCAAUGCUGAACUGCAGUAAAGACACAUCAACUCCAGCAGACUCAGAGCCUCUUCUUAGCUCAAAAGAAGGAAUCACAGCACAGGCCUGAGAGCUGUUUGGGCCAGUUCUCAGCAAAUGAACAUACCCCUUCUGGUCCUGUUCUCCUUCCUUACCGACACCCCAACUCCCCUCAGCUGGUCAGCCUAAGCCUUGUCACCAAAUAUCAAGUUCCCACAAAUUGGAUCUAUUUUCCAGUUGGGUAUGUCAAAUUUCACUUUUCUCCCAGUGUGUCUAAGCUUGACUUUCGAAAGCAGCAUUCUUUUUUGGAAUGCACUGUAUGUACGGAGGGAAGGUGUAUAUGUUAGGAAAUCUUUUCCUUCCGCGUCCAGGGAAAACUGGGAGCUCCUUGGGUGAGCCAUGCUUUGGCAUUCCCAAGCAGACCAGACUUUGCAGUUCAGGUUCUUUGGCAGCCUGCACCGCUGUUUUUGCAGUUCUUUUCCUCCGAGGUCCACAGAGAUCAAAGGGGCUUGUUCACAAAAACACCAGACAUUCAGAAUAGGGCUUUUUUUCAAAUGUUUUUUUUUUUUUUAAUUUAGCUAUAAGCCGGUAGAACUAGGUGAACUCUAGAACAGCAAAGCCUUAACCAAAUAGUGCAAUUGUGAGGUGAGCUGAACAAUUAUUGAACUCAGCUUUCUCUGCAAGAGGGAUUUCAGCUCGCGCCCAGUGGCACAAAAGGGGCGGACGGGGUAACAGUUCUGUGUCGCUGGAAAUCAAGAACUGGAGGUGGUGAAGCGGCAGAGUCCUGCAGCUGCGGUGUCUUUUAGGCUUCCAAGAACGCAGGCAGACGAGGGAGCUUGGAAUCCCACGGGCUCCGGGCUCCGGGCUCCGGCUCCGGCUCCAGCGUUGGAGUGAGCUGUAGUUAGCCUCGGCGGCCAGGAAUGGAGUACGUCAGUCAGUGCUGGAGUCAGUUACAAACAUCUUCGCAGAGGUGGGGGGAUCUAGAGAGAGAGGAGUCCUGCAGAACACAAAGGAGGACAUUCCCCGAAGAAUAUCCCCGAAUAAAAAUUCCAGAUCUCACCGGGCUCAUUUCAAAUGUCUGUAGGCACAAAAUUACUUUAUUUGCCAGAUCAGAGAAGAAAGCAAAGGCAGGCAAGGUAAGGCCCGCCCAUGACAUCAUCCUAGAAGCUGGAGUCCAGUCGCCCCUUUUUUUCUUCCAGUUCAGAGCCAUAAGGACUCCCUAGCCUUCCCCUGGCCUUAGACUCGGCAAGACUGAAAUCCGGAGAAACCCCUAAGUGCCCAAGCUCCAGUGCAGCCCUUAGCCUCCAGGCCAGUGCUACAUCCACUCAGGCCCAAGAAGCAGGCAGUAAAUUCCUCUCCUAUAAUUAGUGCUCCUGGAAGGCAUGUGUUUUGGAUGAGGCAGGGGUGCAACUGGAGUGGCCAGUGGCAACUUUUCCCCCUUUAUUCCUUUUUCUGAGAUUUUUAUAUUGUUUUUGAAUCCAGUAAUUACAGCUCCCAAAGCAAAAAUCUGCUCUUGACACCAAGUCUCCUCUCAAUGCCUAAUUCAGAAGGCUGAAGGGGGCUUCUCUGAUUUCUCUAGGCUUGUUUUGAUGGAAACAAAGAACUGGAGCCUCCCUCCUUCCCAAGACUUGUGCAUAUUUACAGAGCUGCAUUGCAGUUUUAAUAAAACAUCUGUUCUUGCUUCUGCUGAUGAGCUUCCAUAAUUGUUUUCAGACAAAUUUAACAGGAAAAUAUAAAUAUAUUUAGAAAAAUUCAAUCCCAGCCCCUCCCCAAUAGACAGCCAGUCGUUUGCCAAGGGAGAAAAGAGCACAAGAUGGGAAAAGGGAAAAAAUAUUAUCCAAUGGAGGGAAGAUCCAACUCAUCUGACCUGCUCUCCCCCUUGGAACGAAUCCUCCCAGUAAAUUUCAGCUGCAUAAUUAAAGGUCUAACUAAAAGAAAUGGGAUCUUCCCCCUUUAGGAAUAGAAAGGAUUGCAGGAGAGUGUUUAAGAAGUUAAUUCCCCCCAGUCUUUAGGUAGCGGGAAGAUAUUUGUGUUUCUGCUUCCUCUGGUCUCCCCCUUCCAGCAUUUCUGCCCCCCACCCUCAGCAGCUGGUUUCUGUUCAUUAUAAAUCGGCGAGACCUUUCAGUCUCUGCCCUCUGUUUAGGGACGUAAUAAAACACUUAACUUUUCCGGGCCUGAGACUUACAUUCUGCUCCUUAGGUCGCCCACCCCUGAGCCUACCACCUUUAGGCCCCAAAAGAGAAUCUCCCCAACUUUGGGGCUCCUUUCAUCUCUGGAUAUGAUUGAGGGAGGGGCUCCAGGAAACUCAGACGUUCUUGUCAGGGGGCUGUAGCACAUGCUUCCCUCAAAGCUUCUUCUUUCUUUUAAGGUCCCUCCCUCCCCUACACAUCCAUAAAAAAAGAUUUUAAAAUACACAAAAAUCCACACUCAUGGAAAGCAGAACUUCAUUAAGACAUCCUAUCUUCCAUCAUUCAAUUUGUUUUACAUUGCAACAAUUUAAUAUCUUGAAGGAAGUACCACUGACAUGAUUUAUCCCUCUAGCAAUCUCAUUCUGAAAUAGGGGGGAAAUUUACUCUUUCUUGCCAUGGCUUCUACUUGUUCCACUGCUACCCUCAGGGCAGACAGGAGGCUGGGAACUUUGAAAGAGGCUACUGGUGUCCAGGGGUGCACUGACUUGUUCCCUAGCUCAGCCUCAGAAUUACCCUCCCCUCUGUAAGCUCUCCCCCUACCUCUUGCCCUCCAGGGGGACCGGAGCCCCAGCCAGCUGUUGGAAACCUCUGCCCAGGCAUGCCAUGAAUUCAAGUACAGAUGGAUUGGAAAGCAAAAUGCAACACACUAUUGUCUGUGUUUGGGGGAGCAACUGCUUUGUCACCCCCAAAUGAGACAGCUUUUUAAAAUCUCUCUCUUAGCCAAAGCCUCCUCCUCUACCUUCUUCAUCUUGAAAAGAAAAUGGUGUAGUCCAAGGGAUAGAAACUUCCAUAAUUACCAGGAUCUUUCUUCUACUCUCCUAAAUUCCAGGCAGUUUCCCUCCUUUUCAAAGACAGGGGCAGGAUCUUUAAAAGCCAACACAAAUUGUCUGGCAGGAAGACUCCCCAACCCCCUGAAGAGGCUCAUGUAUUAACUAACAUUCUGUCAGUAGUAGCUCCUACACACUGUCUGCUUUUGGGUUCUAAACUUUACCCCCCCCCCAGUGACACUCCAGGGAAACCUUAACGUUACAGAAGAUGAAUAAACGAGGUUUUUUUUUUUUCCCAGCGUAGUCCCGUUUAUGGCUUUAUUGCUACCCAUUGAUUACUCCGCUUUGUUACACAGAAGGAAAAGAUCAUAAAACCCGGCGACAUCCGGGUUCUUGUUAUAGUCAAUCUCAAAAAAAAAAAAAUUAGUGAGGGGAAAAUAUGAGUUUUCACUGCUUCCUGCUUGUACCCCGCCACCCUCUCCUUGUCAGCUCCAAGUAUUUCCAGCCUAUGUCCAUAUCAAAUUCAGUUUGGAUUAAUCAGAGGGAAACCCCAGCUGCACACCUUCUGCGGUUUCAGUUCACUCACUGCAGCUCUCUGAAGCCCCUUCAAAACUGGUCUUUUCUAAUCUUCUCCUCCCUUUUCCCAGCCUCAAGGUGGGGGAGAAAAUGGAGGUAAGGGCUGCUGAGAAUCCGGAGGUGACUGGCUGGGUGACAGCCCAAGAACUCCCCAGGAAUCCUGCCCUAGGGUCUUCUAGCCUUACAGCUCAGGUCCAGGGGCACCACUCCUGGCAGGGCAGUAAAUCCAGAGCAGAUAGGGUCUUCUGACCUGGGCAGGGGCUUGAACCUGUUGGAAGGUAGCUGUUCAUUGGAGUCUCACCAAUUUUGUCAUUCAGACUCCUCUCAUGUGAGUUACCCCACUGGCCUGAGCCGGUUCCAAAUCAUAAAUUCUCACCAACAUAAACAGGAGUUGAUGUCUUUAGAAGAAUCUUAGACUCUCUCUCUCUCUCUCUCUCUCUCUCUCUCUCUCUCUCUCUGUAUUAUUAUUAUUAUACAUGCUUUCUUUUAGGUAAAAAUGUUGCAAGAGUUUCCCCAAAAGAGAGGUCCUGGGGAGGGGCAGUAGGCUAGGAGGCAAAGGAGAGCAGAUGCUUGCUCAGGACCUCCACUGUACGUGGUCUCACCCUCACCCUUCUUUAGAUCAACAUAUCCUAUCCUCUAACCCAAGGCUCUCAGCUGCACUGCCUUCCUCUGUGCACCGUGUUCCAGGAAAUUUCCCCUUCCUUUUGAUUUUUUUUUUUAAAAAUUAUUGGAAAAAUAUGCUGCCUAGUGAUGGAGACUCACUUCAUGGGUGUCGAGCCAGAAUGUCUUGUAGAAUUUCUGGGAACUUCCUCCCACUGGGAAGGAUCUCCUCAAAUGAAGCAACCAGGAUGUAAUUUUAGAAAAGGGGCAAAUACAAAAGAUGAAAUCGGACUGAAAACACAAGGAUUUCUCCCGCCCUGCAUUUGGCUACAGCACAACAAAGUUAGCUGGGGCUGAGAGAUUUCCUGGGACUAGACUUUUCCUUCCACAGGGUACAAGGCCCUGCUCGUGGACCUGCACCCCACCACCAGCAGCUCCUUACAUAUAUAUUCUUAAAAGAAAACCAAGUCUUACUUUCAAAGCACACACUUAGUCUCAACUAGGGAAUCAACAGAAGCAGAAGCGAUUUUUUUCCCCCUUCUUGACAUCUGGCUUGCGAUUGGCUGGAAGGGGGUCAGCUGACUUUGUCAUUUUGUCUGUCCUGGAUUGGAGCCGUCCCUAUAACCAUCUAGUUCCGAGUACAAACUGGAGACAGAAAUAAAUAUUAAAGAAAUCAUAGCCCGACCAGGUAAAGGCAAAGGGAUGAAUUCCUACUUCACUAACCCUUCCUUAUCCUGCCACCUCGCCGGGGGCCAGGACGUCCUCCCCAACGUCGCCCUCAAUUCCACCGCCUAUGAUCCAGUGAGGCAUUUCUCGACCUAUGGAGCAGCCGUAGCUCAGAACCGGAUCUACUCGACUCCCUUUUAUUCGCCACAGGAGAAUGUCGUGUUCAGUUCCAGCCGGGGGCCGUAUGACUAUGGAUCUAAUUCCUUUUACCAGGAGAAAGACAUGCUCUCAAACUGCAGACAAAACAGCCUAGCUCAUAACACACAGACCUCAAUCGCUCAGGAUUUUAGUUCUGAGCAGGGCAGGACUGCGCCCCAGGACCAGAAAGCCAGUAUCCAGAUUUACCCCUGGAUGCAGCGAAUGAAUUCGCACAGUGGGGUCGGUUACGGAGCGGACCGGAGGCGCGGCCGCCAGAUCUACUCUCGGUACCAGACCCUGGAACUGGAGAAGGAAUUUCACUUCAACCGCUACCUAACUCGGCGCCGGCGCAUCGAGAUCGCCAAUGCUCUGUGCCUGACCGAGCGACAGAUCAAAAUCUGGUUCCAGAACCGCCGGAUGAAGUGGAAAAAAGAAUCUAAUCUCACGUCCACGCUUUCGGGGGGCGGCGGAGGGGCAGCCGCUGACAGCCUGGGAGGAAAAGAGGAAAAGCGGGAAGACACAGAAGAGGAGAAGCAGAAAGAGUGACCAGGACUGCCCUUGCACCCCUCUCUCUGCCCUGGCGCAUCCCAGCUCCCGAAUCACACACUCUGUAUUUAUCACUGGCACAAUUGAUGUGUUGUGACUUCCUAAAACGAAAUAGGGAGUCAGACGUGGACCUGAAAGUCAGCUCUGGACCCCCUCCCUCACUGCACAACUCUUCCGAGCCUCCUCCUCUAGCUCCCUCGCUAGCUCCUUCUCGGCUUGUCUGCAGGCCCCUUCCCUCGCCCAGGCCUUGGGGACGCCGUCCCCGAACCUCGCUUCAGACUCCACUGAUGUCCCUCCAAGUGAGCCCUAGGCUCCUUUCCCCCCCCAACCCCCCACCCCCGACGCCCUUAACCCCCGCCCCCGUGCAGAAAGCCGGCUCCCCGGACCUGGGGCCUCCACUCCAGGGCCUCAGGGCCGGGCCUGGCAGCCGGAGGGCGGGAGGCCUCAGGAGGGCUCGCCUUGGCCCCACAACACCCCCACCCCCACCCAGGGCUUUUCCCCAGUCCCUGCCCGGCCUUUCUGCCCCAGCAAAUGCCCAGUCCGGGCAAAUUGUAUUUAAAGAUUCCUGGGGGUCAUUAUGGCAUAUUACGAACUGUGACCGUUUCUGUGUGAAUAUUUCUAGCUGUAUUUGUGGUCUCUGUAUUUAUAUUUAUGUUUAGCACCGUCAGUGUUCUGAUUUCAUUUUAAAAAGGAUUAAAAAAAAGAGAGAAAAUAACAAAAAGAGAAAAAAAGUGAAUGACGUUUGUUUAGUCAGUAGGAGAAAAUAAAGAAAGAAAGAAAUAAACCCCCUCUCGUGUUAUCCUCCUGUAUAAAUCCGACCUCUGGAUCCGUUCUCGAAUAUUUAAUAAAACUGAUAUUAUUUUUAAAAGUU